CUUCUGCUGUCUGUGGCCAAGACCUCUGAACAUCAACUGAAAAGCCUGACAGCCCAUUCAUCCUUUCGCCCUCUCCCUUCUCAAAUCAUCCGUCUGUCCAGUCACCCAUGUCGAUUUGCUAUGACAUACAUCAGCGUUGAUGAGAGGCAGGAACACUCUCGGGUAAUUUUGAGCUGCCAGAACAAUCAGCUGUAUGUGCAACAUGGCUUCAAGGAGUUCUCAAUUAGCAACGCGCAUCCCUUAAAGAACAUGGACCCUCGUGUUUUCACUGGAGACUUUAAUCCCAUAAAUAAAAGAGGCAAUAAUGCAGGAACAGAUCUGUACCAGAGCAUGGAGAAUCUACACUGGGCCACGGUAGCUGAUCCGCACUGCCGUCCUCACUGUGGAAAUGUAGACAAUAAACUUGUCUUUCAUUGCAAAGGCCCAGCCCAUUCUUCCACGGAAGAUUCCCUAACUCCCAGUUCGCCUGAACGUUACCAACACUACUCCCUCCCAUCAGAACAAGGGAUCCCUCCAACCCAAGAUAUAGCCAUUUCCUCUUGUGCCAAAGUGCCUCCGUGGUUUCUUUCCUCCAUAAGUGGGGAUGCCAAAAAAAUCCUGAAAGAAAAACUUAGAAUUCACAGCAGUAAAGCUCCUGAGAUUGGCAAGCCCCACGGAGCUCAGCCUUCGUUGAAUGAUUUGGUUGCAAGGGAAUGUUCUCAAUGCUGGGCUUGCCAGCAAUAUAAGAACGGUUGCUCCUCUAACUGUUGCACCAUAUUUGUGCAACAUGCCACUCUUGCUCAUGCCCCAUGGAUGGCAUUGGAGAGGCAACGGCCCUGCUUCUACAGCAGGCUAACCAGCCCAGAAGACAUCAAGCAAGAAGCCCAGAGAAGGUUGCAGAUCAGGCGGCAGAACAGUUCCCCCAACUUGACCUUGCAUUGCGCCCGUGAUAGUCAGAAAGUGAUCAAAUCCCAAACUAUGGGAUCGUUAAAUGGAGAGGGAGGGAGUGGAGACAGCAAAACGACUCCAGAAGAGAGCAAAAAAGCUGAUUGCAAAGAGAGGCUCUACAUUCCAACCUUUGAAGAGUUCAAGAGGAUGAGAAGCAAGGGAGCCCUUUUUCUCAAUGGCAGUGGUGAAAUUGUGAAGGAUAAAACGGAAGGAACCCAACUGUCGGAGGAAAACGGAAGUCAAAAUCAAGAUCAUGUUAAAGGAGUGGUUUCAGCCAUAGAUGACGAUGACGAGGUGUUUCAUGAAAACAGCCAGAAUGCUUCCAGGUUUGUUGGCUGUGAAGAAAAUUCAUCCACAUGGGACAGAAGUUUCUGCCUAAUAAAUAUCCCUACGGCCAGGGAUAAGAUUUCCGAAAUCCCAGCAUCAGAAACCGUGCCAGUUCCCAUCUGUUCUAGCCCAGUUCCAAGAUCACCGUUGCAACCUGCUGCGGCAUUUAGGAAGGAGAGCAAGAAAGAUAUUGAGGGAGGAGAAAAGCAAGGAUUGGAUGCAAAAAAUGUCAGGGAAGCCCUCCAUUGUACUGGACAAUCGCUGGUGCCUGAAACUCCGUCAUCUUGCUGCCCGCUGCUGUUAGAAGCAACCGAUAUUUCCAGUUAUGGAGCUAAGUUUCAGAAAAUAAAGGAUGAAUUUAUAGGUACUGCUCUGGACCUCAUUAAAAAGAGCUGCACUGCUGAAACUACCCUUGAUCUCCCUUCCCCCAAAUCCUGUGAAGUUCAGAAAGCAGAUCACCCUUUUGGGGAAGACUGUCAUCAAUCCGCAAGCACCAUCUCGAAUUGCCGCAGAUCGAGUUCUGACAUCUCCUAUGAAACCCCGGUCUGCAUCAAAGUUCAGCGGGAGUGUCGAUUACGGCCUCAUUUCAGCGACCCAAUGCCAACAGAUGCAGUAAAGAGGAAACAACUGGAGUUAAAGAUAGCUGCAGCAGCCUGUCACCAUGCCCAGAAGCGCCGGCAAGAGAGAGAAUCCAGUCCAGCACUGGCUAAAGCCACUGUCAACCAUGGAAACAUUGUUGAUGAGAAUCACCAUGUCCUGAGCAGCUCCUUUCGUUCCAAGCACCGCUGGAGCAACGUUAGCAGUCUCAGCGCAGACAGUGGAAUUGCAGGCGGGAACGAGGAGAGAGACAGUGCGGACACCGUCAUUGGUGGUGGUGGGCCAAGGAUUAGGUCAUCCAAGAUGGAGCGGGCUGAUAGUGGUAUCAGCCAGGUGUUGAGUAGGAAGUGGAGGAACCGGGCAUCAGAAACAUUAACAUCUCUGCAGGCAUGGGAAGCCCAUCAACCUUGCACUGACUGCGGUGGCAGAGAUUUUCCAUUGGAAACAGAUGUCCAGAAUCAAAACAGGAAACAGGCCAUUCUCUGUGAGAAGUGCCUGAAGUGCAGGACAGAACGGAAGGAAUCAGUGUUGGAAUUUGUCAACACUGAAGCUAGCUAUGGGGAAGACCUCCGCAUCAUCAAGGAGGAAUUCUAUCUCCCCAUGCAAGCAGCUGGCCUUCUAACACAAGAACAGCUGUUGGUGGUUUUUAGCAAUAUCCAGGAGCUAAUUGACCUCAAUGAAAACUUCCUGGAGUAUCUUCAAGAAGAGAUUGAGCAGGCUAUCGAGCAGGGUGAUGAUGACCUCAUGACUGUGUGCAUUGGUGAAAUAUUCCUGGAGUUUGUGAACAUGCUGCCUGCAUUCCAGACAUAUUGUCUCCAGCAGCCAUCCUCUGUGAACAUGCUCAAUGCAUUGGAAAAGGAAAAAGAGUUACUCAGGAUAUUCCUCAAUGUUUCUCAGAAUGACAACACCGCCCUUCGUCGCAUGAAUCUUCGGUCCUUCCUCAUAGCUCCACUACAGAGAGUCACCAAGUAUCCCCUUCUUCUGAGCCGCAUCAUCAAAGCCACCAUGGAGUACCACCCAGAUUACAGCAAUCUGCUGGAGGCCAAAAGCCGCAUCGAGUCCCACCUGGAACACAUCAAUAUGAAAACCAAGCAGGAAGGGAAUUCAUGGACUCUGCGCUCCUUCCGCCAGGACAGCAAGAAGAACAGAGAGGUGAUCAACAUUGAAAUGAGGGAAACUGCUCUCAAAACAAUGGGCUGGCUGCGGGAAGAAACACGGUUUGUGAUGGAAGGCUCCUUACAGCUGGCCCAGCCACCUGAUGGACAAUGGGUGAAAAAGGGCAGCAAGACGUUGAAGUUCCAGAAGAUGCAAGUUCUCCUGAUGGUCAACAUCAGGCGUGCAUCUGAGUCCAGUUUUGAACCAGGGGAGCCAGGCUCUGUGAAAGAUGCAGUAUUGGUCCUUAUUCGGGAUAAGAACAAUGGCAAGUUCAGUUUGCUCAGGGAGCCCUUGAGACUCAGCAACUGUGUCGUCUCUGUGGAUCCCGACUGCGACGACACAUUUGAACUGCUUGAGAUAAGACGGGAAUCCUUCAUAUUUCGAGAUGGGGACAAGGCCCGAACUCACCACUGGUUUAGGCAGAUAAGGAGGUACUCUCGGGAGCUGGGCUCCUGGAAGAAGCGGCGUAACGCUUUGCCCAAUAUCAUGAUAAGUGCAUCUCACAAUAGGUCGUGAGAGGGGCUGCCCGAGAAAUGACUUGGCCAAGC